UUACAUACAGGGGUGCAAAGCAGGACCUUUCCAGGUUGAUUAGUGACCGAGAUUCAUCGAGAAAAGCGUUGGCUUCUAGGCAGAUUGACUGAGUAAAAUGAAGUACAGCUUUUACCUGCUUAGGAAAACAAGGUACUUUUUUACUCCUUACCAUGGGCUCGUACCUACCAAUCGUUGGAUCUUCUUUCGUAGAAAGCUUUCACAAAAUAUUACCACUAGCCAUGUAGAAGUCAAGCGUAUCAAGACUCCAAGUCUCACUAAAUUGCUGCUGUUUGGUACAAGUGGUUUGGUUUUUGGCUGGGUUUCCUAUGCAGCUGCGUUCGAGCCAAGAAAACUUAGAGUGGCAAGAGUAAAGUUGGGAAGCUUUGUGCGGCUUCUAAAAUGUUUCCAGAUAGGCAUGUCAAUUUCUGUUGAUUAUUGGUGGAACCUCUGGGGCCUUGAUCCAGAUUCAGACGAGUACAAGAGUGCAAUAAAGGCCUGUCAUCAACGUGCUGCAGACAACAUAGUGGCUGGCGCUUUGUUGAAUGGAGGUACUUUUGUGAAGCUUGGACAGGGUUUAGCAGCUUUAAAUCAUAUACUUCCUGUUGAGUAUGUAAAAACUCUGCAGGUUCUGCAAGAUAAAGCACUCACCAGAAGAUACCAUGAAAUUGAAAAACUGUUCUUGGAAGAUUUUGGAGUCUCCCCUGACAAAAUGUUCAGGCAUUUUGAGAGUGAACCGAUUGCUGCAGCAAGUCUGGCACAAGUGCACAAAGCAGUUACUCAUGAAGGAGAGGAGGUAGCCGUAAAAGUACAGUACAUUGAUCUACAAGAUAGAUUUGAUGGAGACAUUUGGUCACUGGAAAUCCUUCUAGGUUUGAUAGGAAAGAUGCAUGUUAACUUUGAUUUUGCAUGGGUGCUAGAUCAAAUGAAAGAUAGACUUUUGAAAGAGCUUGACUUUGAAAAUGAAGCUGAAAAUGGAAAGCGUUGCUUUGAGGAGUUGUCUCAUCUUAAAUUUGUUCAUGUUCCCAAAGUUUUACCAGAAUAUAGUAGUAAGAGGGUUUUAACAACUGAAUUUAUCCAUGGAUGCAAGACAAAUGAUGUAAGGUCUAUCAAAGAGAUGGGGUUAAACCUUGCAGAUGUUGACAGGAAGCUCAUUCAAGCAUUUGGGCAACAAAUUUUCAUCACUGGGUUUUUACAUGGUGAUCCUCAUCCUGCAAAUGUACUUGUACGCAAAGUCAAUCAUGAGGCCCAGAUAGUUAUUCUGGAUCAUGGACUAUAUGAGCACUUGCCUACAAAAGUGAGACAUUCACUUUGCAAUUUUUGGAAAUCAAUUGUUUUGGGAAAUAAAGAAAAAAUGAAACAGUACAGUUUAGAACUUGGUGUAGAGGACUAUGAUACAUUUUCACAGAUUCUUUUUCAAAGGGUAAUACAUGAUGGAAAAGGUAUGAUGUUUAAGUCCAAAAUAUCUCAAGAAGAUAUUAAAAAGCUGGCUGCUAUGGCUAAAGACCAUUUUGAUAAGGUAAUGAAAAUACUUCGCAGUAUACCUGACACAAUGUUACUGGUUUUUCGAAACCUGAAUACUGUCAGAGCCAUCAAUCAAGAUCUUGGUGAGCCAGUAGAUCGCUACAGCUUGUUGUGUGAUUGUGCAAUAGCUGGUCUUAUUCAUCACAAUCAGAAGUUGACUUUUAUACAGAAGUUGAAAAUAUAUGGAGAGCAGUGUUGGUUGAGAGCAUGUCUUAAAUACUAUGAACUUGGACAAAAUUUUACAGAAUUCUAUAUCAAAAUGCUUCAGUUCUGUGGCUAUGCUCCAAAAGAUUUUGACAUAACCAAAUUUACACAUGAAGUUGAAGAAGAAGUGAGUGUAUUGCUGUAAGAAUUAUCUUAUAAUUAAAUUAAAAUCUCUUGUUGCAAUACUAGAAAAUGAUCAGUCAUAUUGGA